CCACCCGGCACUAGAAGCAGCCCCAGGCGGCGGCGCGACGGUCCCCGUCAUGUCUGCGGCCAUGAGGCAGAGGUUCGACCGGUUCUUGCACGAAAAGAAUUGCAUGACCGACCUGCUGGCCAAGCUGGAGGCCAAGACUGGCGUGAACCGGAGCUACAUCGCGCUUGGUAUCAUCGGGCUUGUGGCCUUGUACCUGGUGUUCGGUUAUGGAGCUUCUCUCCUCUGCAACGUGAUAGGAUUUGGCUACCCAGCCUAUAUCUCAAUUAAAGCCAUAGAGAGUCCCAACAAAGAAGAUGAUACCCAGUGGCUGACCUACUGGGUAGUGUAUGGUGUGUUCAGCAUUGCCGAAUUCUUCUCUGAUCUCUUCCUGUCAUGGUUCCCCUUCUACUACAUGCUAAAGUGUGGCUUCCUGGUGUGGUGCAUGGCACCGAGCCCUUCUAACGGGGCUGAACUGCUCUACAAGCGCAUCAUCCGUCCUUUCUUUCUGAAGCAUGAGUGCCAGGUAGAUAGUGUGAUGAAGGAUCUGAAAGACAAAGCCAAAGAGACUGCAGAUGCCAUCACUAAAGAAGCGAAGAAAGCUACCGUGAAUUUACUGGGUGAAGAAAAGAAGAGCACCUAAACCACCGACUGGAUGAAACCUUUCUGCCCUCUCCAUACCUUCCUGUUAGAGCUUGAUGUUAUAUUAGGGACUGUGGUAUGAUCAUUUUAUAAUGUUGCCUUGGAAACAUUUUGAUAUAUUGAAAAACGAAUUUUUUUUUUUUUUUUUUUUUUGCUUAUUUUUACUGUCUAUGUACGUAGGGAACAUUUUAAAUUUAAUGCAGUGGACAGUGUCCAAAUUUUUAGAAAAUUUGUCUCUAGGAAGGGAAGGAUACAUGUUACUGUCCUGCAGGAAAUAUAAACUUAAAAUUACGUGUCUCAUAGGUUCUGUAUUUCACUGGGCUUUCUCUGCAUGCAUUUUCUCUGUACUUAUAUUUAGUAUAUUCUAUGGUUCUUCAUGUAAUGUACAAUUUUCUAUAAUUCUUAAAUGUUUUUAAUGUAUUUGUGCAUAUAUAUGUAUAUACAUAUAUAUAUGGAUAUGCGACUGGCUAACUAUACAUGCAUAAUUCUCAUGGGGAAGGGAACGUCACAUAUGCUAUCUAUAACUUCUGUACAAUAAGCCCACCUGCCAAAAGCUGAAGGUUCCAUUGUGCUGUUGUGAUCUGCUAAAUAACACUUCAGAAAAUACUAAUGAGUAAUAUUUCAGAUGAACAGAGUUAAGUGAGAAAUGAGGUUGAAUGGUUGGUUUCCUAACAUUGAAGCAACUGAAUCCCAGGACAGCUUUGUGAAGCAGUUAGUCUUGAACGGGGAAAUGUACACAUGUAUUCGUUAUCUAUAUCUCCCAGUUCCUUAUAGAACUAGUUAAUACUGUCUGGUGGCCUUUUUAAAAAAUCUGCUUAUGAGCUUUAGAUUUGUCUGUUUAUAAGAUGUUAAAAUGGAAACCAUCCUUGAUUUCACCUUCAAAGCUGAGUAACAUGUUGGUUUAGACUUCUUUCGCAAUCUUACUUUUGCUUUUUUUAAUUUUAACCAGUUUAAGGAACGUCCAAAGACUUGACCAGCUCUGAUUACAUAUGUGUUCUUGUUUAUAUUAUUAGCUACAACAUGCUAAUGAUGACAUCUGCUCUAAGAGCAAUUCUGAUGAAAGGAAGUAGGAUGGAACCUAUAAUCUAGUUGGCAGUGGUUGUGUCAAACUGCCUUCAUCUCCUUUCUCUUGGGCCUGCAAGGGCUUUAAGGUCAAACACAAGAAGCUUCCCUAACUUACAAGUCAGAAUCAUUAGUAAUCCAUUUAAAUGACUUCAUCUUUAUUCUGUUUUGAUAAAUCCUGUAUAAUUAUACAGUUUAGGUACAGAACAAAAAAGUUAAUGCCUCCAACUUGAUCAGCCAAGUAGUUUAUAUGGGUCUUGACAGCUUGUUUGGACUAGAAAACCUGAGCUUUACAUCAUAACAUUAGGAUCCUUUUGAAUUGGACUAAACUUGACUAAAAGAAGAAUACAACAAAAUUAACAAGAUUAAAUAUUCAGCCAGUAAAACUGUUUUUGUAAGGCAAAUAAAAAUGAUUAGUUCUCCUUUAGAUAACAAGGUAAGAUCAUAAUGAUGCCUCAUGAUGUAAAAUAUAUUGACGGUAUUAAAAAUAGGGGAUUAAAUCCCCAAAAUAUUAUAAUACGGAUAGUGGCAUUUUUCUUUUUCGGGCAAAAACAGUGUUAAUUAAAGGCGUUUUAUUAAACUUUCCUUAAAAAAAAAAAAAGUUUAGAAGUUUAGAGAGCAUUUAGUUGUCACUGGGAGAAAAAUCAAGCCAUAUAUAUAUAGUGCCUGAGUAUUUAAAUUCCUUUUCCAUAAUAACAAACUAUGCUUUUCUUGGUGGCAGAGGAAUGAAAAUUAGCAACUUCUAGCAUACACAUGGGGUUGCCAAGAGUCUCAAUUUACUGGCCAGCAACUAACAAGUAUACAGAAUAUGUAAUCAGGUUGUUUAGUACACAGACUAUAUAACUUUUAGUAUACAGAAAAUAUAAUCAGAAAGACAGGGAGGCAUGAAAGUUGCUAUUGCUCAUACAUAAUGUUUAUAGGCUAAUAUCUGUUUAAAAACUAUUAAUAUAUUCUGAAUGCCAAUUUUUUUUUGUCCUGUUGAUAACAUAGCUUUCUUCUAUAAUGCAUUUUGCAAGAAAUUUAAGUCACAGUUUUUGGCAGUUGAAGUGUGCAUAUAAUGGCAGAAGUUAUGAGUUGAGCAACUGUCUCAGUUUAGAUUUCCCAAAUAAAAAGUUUCCAGGGCUAUAAUAUUUGAAAAACUUAACUUUGUGCCUGUGUCUCCCUAGAAGACAAGCGUUUAUUUGUAUGUGAAUGGUCUUUUGAGACUACGUGAAGCUAUAAAAUUCCUGCUUGACAUUUUAAAUUCUUCAAAAAGAAGGAAAUAAUUCCUGCAGCAAUUAUUCCCUUCCUGGAAAGCUUCAAUCAUCAAAGUUACUGCUACUUUGGGGAAGUCUUCUACCCACAGCCUGAAGAAAAUGAGCAUAGCCCUUAGAUAAGUUAUCACCUAUCCUGAAGAUGUGCUGUAUUGAAUGGAAAUGAAUGUAAAUAAAAUUUAAUUAUCUCAUUUAACUGUUA